GGGGCCGCAGCCCUAUUUUACUGUCUCGCAAGUUGAAGGAUUCCUGCAAGACGCAUGUAGAAAUUCUCCUGUUUCUCAAACACCAGGUUGCGUCUUCCUACUCCGUACCCAUUUCUAAUUCACCUGGCUGUCUGUUCACCCACAAUACAUUUCCCAGUCUCUCCUUGAAAUCUACGACUCGACACUCCUUCACGGCCUCAACCCUCUCUUCUUCGAUUCUCUCAUAUGGCGGCAAGAUUCUCCAGACUCGGAGGCCUGCCAAAUCCACUCACUCCCCUCACUCCCCACACACCAUGAGUGUCCGCAGCCUACAGUACGAUGAGAAUUCCUACGAGCUGUCAGGGACGAGCACCAACGAUACAGACGAGCAGGACCUCGACCUUCCUUUCUACGAGCAAGACGCAUCCACUGACGACCUCCAAGCCCAUUUACUCACCGGGAAUGCCCUGCUGGCCAGUGCCAAACCUGACCACUACCGACUAUCUUCAUUAACUCCAACAUGGCUGCGCAAGCAAUACAUCUCUCGACGCUCUCGAACGCGCACAAAGCGCCUUGCUCGCCGAUGUUCAUGCUCUCCUAGAUCAUUUGCUCGGAGAUUUGCCUUAUUUUGUUACACUUUCAUCACGACAAUUGUCGUCAUUGUGCUGGUCGGAGGCGUCUUCUUCCCGGGCUACACACACCUGCCACCCCAUUACAAAGUCUUGAAGCGCCAGGUGCUGGCCUCUGAAGCGCCGGGACGUGCCAAUCUCCAGGGACAGAAGAUUUUCAUUGCGGCGAGCCUGUCUGACAAAGAAGGGAAAUUGUUCUCGGGCGAUUGGGGCAGGAACGUCUUGGAGUUGAUUCGAAUCCUGGGCCCAGAGAAUACGUUCUUGUCAAUAUACGUUAAUGACUCCGGGCCCGAGUCGAAGCAGACCUUGGAAGAAUUUGAGCGUCGUGUUCCUUGCGAGCACGACUUGGUCUUCGAGGAUCAUCUGGACUGGAGCCAAUUGAAGCAUGUGACGCUUCCAGGCGGCUCGCAGCGUGUGAAACGCAUCGAAUACCUCUCGGAGGUCCGCAACCGAGCAUUGUUCCCCCUCGACAAGUCCACAACCAUAUUCGAUAAACUUCUGUACCUGAACGACGUCUACUUCCGCCCACUGGAUGCUGCACAGCUCCUCCUCUCAACUCAUACGAUUGCUGAGGGUCGAACGGAUUAUCGGGCAGCAUGUGCGGUCGAUUUCAUCAAUCCUUUCAAGUUCUACGACACUUAUGCAACUAGAGAUCUGGAAGGGUAUGGCAUGGGUUUGCCGUUCUUCCCUUGGUUUUCUGCCAACGGCGAUGAGCAGAGUCAUCAGGAUGUCUUAGAUGGCACAGAUGCGGUGCGAGUAAAGAGCUGUUGGGGUGGUAUGGUAGCAUUCGAUGCUGCCUUCUUCCAGAAACAACCUGGCUCGGAGCACACAAUCACCGCUGGGAACCAGAGCCCGAGUAAUCUAAGUGCACCCUACCGAUUUCGGGCCGAGAAGGACACCUUCUGGGAUGCCUCGGAAUGUUGUCUUAUCCACGCAGAUAUCCAAAAUCCCGAGCCCGGCAAAUCGGGUAUCUACAUGAACCCAUUUGUUCGGGUCGCAUACGACACCAAGACACUGUCCUGGUUGGGGUUCACGAGGCGAUUUGAACGACUGUACACUCCGAUUCAUUGGCUCUUGGAUUUUCUCACCAAUACACCGCGCCAUAACCCAAGGCGAGACGAGGAGCCAUGGCAGCCAUUUAUAGAAAUGGUUUGGCUUCCCGACAGCAGUCUAGAACAAGGUGGUUCUUUUCAACAAAUGCCCAGAAUGGCCAACCAUGCGGGAUUUUGUGGCCGGCGAGGUCUUGCAGUAAUGAAAGAAAACGCUGAUCUUGUGGAGAGUGAACACAAUUGGGAAAAUAUCCCAAUUCCAUCUUGAUUUUUGCAUAGCGAUGGUGUUUCGGUGACUUGCAUCAUUCGCGGUCAACAUAUAAUGGUAACAUCUGAAUAGAGCCUUGAUCAUGAGAGGGCGCGGCUUUUGUUGCUAUAGGGCCAUAUUGAUGGCCUGUCGACCUUCAGAUAUAACACGGUGACAAUGAACAAAAAAAAUGCAGA